AUUCCCAGGCUGAAGCGAGACUCGCGGCGAAGCGAGCGGCGCGGGCGGAAGCGCGGGAGAUCCGGAUGAAAGAGCUGGAGAGGCAGCAGAAGGAGAUCUAUCAGGUCCAGAAGAAAUAUUAUGGGCUGGAUACUAAGUGGGGAGACAUCGAGCAAUGGAUGGAAGACAGUGAGCGUUAUUCCCGUAGAGCCCGAAGAAAUGCCUCGGCUUCGGAUGAAGAUGAGCGCAUGUCAGUGGGUAGCCGUGGAAGCCUGAGGUCUCAUUUGGAAUAUGCCAGCACCUACCCAGUGGCUGGAUUAGAGAGUGAGAGGACCAAAAAGAAGAACUACUCCAAAGCAACCAAUGGUUAUGAGGAAGACGUGUAUGGAUCAUCCCAGAGUAGAAAAUCUAGCAGGGCUUCGUACUACUCUGACCUGGGUCUCCCCAACAGCAGCUAUGCUUCCACAUCUCAACUUUCUUCCCAAAAUGGAAAUUGGGCGUCUGUGUACGAGGAGAGCGUUUACAGCGGGAGCCGGCGCUAUAGUGCCCCCAGUUCCCGCGCUCCUUCCGAGUACAGCUGCUACCUUGGUUCAGGAUCUCGGGCAUCCUCCAGAGCCAGCUCUGCUCGGGCCAGUCCAGUGAUUGAGGAAAGGCCAGAAAAAGACUUUGAGAAGGGAGCACGAACUGUCUCAAGUUUAUCAGCAGCUACCUUGGCUUCUCUGGGCGGGACUUCUUCACGGAGAGGCAGUGGGGACACAUCCAUCUCAGCUGACACAGAGGCAUCCAUCAGAGAAAUCAAGGACAUCUAUGAGUUAAAGGACCAGAUUCAGGAUGUAGAAGGCAAAUACAUGCAGGGGCUGAAAGAACUGAAGGACUCUCUAGCUGAAGUUGAGGAGAAAUACAAGAAGGCUAUGGUGUCAAAUGCUCAGCUGGACAAUGAGAAAACCAAUUUCAUGUACCAAGUGGACACCCUGAAGGAUGCGCUCUUAGAGUUGGAGGAGCAGCUGGCAGAAUCCAGGAGGCAAUAUGAAGAGAAAAGUAAAGAAUUUGAGAGGGAGAAGCAUGCUCACAGCAUAUUGCAGUUUCAGUUCAUGGAAAUCAAAGAGGCUUUGAAGCAGAGAGAAGAAAUGCUUGCAGAAAUCCAACAGCUGCAACAGAAACAGCAGAGCUAUGUCAGGGAAAUUUCCGAUCUUCAGGAGACAAUAGAGUGGAAAGACAAAAAAAUAGGGGCACUAGAGAGGCAGAAAGAUUUCUUUGAUUCCAUAAGGAGUGAGCGGGAUGACCUUAGAGACGAAGUGGUUGUGCUGAAGGAGCAACUGAAGAAACAUGGAAUAAUCCCAGACUCUGAUGUAGCCACCAAUGGGGAGACAUCAGACAUUCUGGAUAACGAAGGACACUUGGAUUCUCCCCGAACUGUUGCAGGCACCACUCAGGCAUUAAAGACAGGAGGGGAGGCGAUGCUAGGCAAAGCCAAUGAAGUGGAGAUGAAAAAUGAGAUUUUGGAGGAUGUGGGGAAAAGAGAAAUCUUGCAGAAUACUGAGCAUGAGGAACACAAAGAGGAGUCUGAGGAGGAGGAAGUACAGACAUUGCAUGCUGCUGAAAAUGCAAAGGCAGAACAAAUGGUUGAAGAACGUGAUGCCCUGCCAGCAGUGAUGUUACCAGAGAGUAGGUUUGCAGAGCAAGCCCAAAGCCUUACAGAACCUGUGUCAGGGGGCACUUCUUCAAACACUGACAGUGACACAGAUGGCUUGAGAAAGGUCACAGAGUCCAAGGGCACAGCAGUCCAGCAGCCAGAGAGUACAGAGGCUGAACACCAUGACUUGAGUGCAAGGACAAAUGAGAACUUGGAGCUGGGCUCUCUGCAAGGCCACCAGAUUUUUGAGACUCCUCAGGAAAUGUUUUGUGACUCAGGUACAGAGCAGGAACUGGGAGAAGCUGUACCCAACCAAGGAGAGCAAGAGGAUCUUAAAACCAGCCAUGCCUUGAGUGAUAAUGAAAUGGAUGAAGGAUCUGACAGUACAAGUGAGAGCAGUGAGCUGGUUUCUAACCAGGCAGGGCUACCUGAGGGAGUAGUGGCAGGCUUGCUUAGGGAAGAGGGAAAUGUGGAGAGUUCCACUCCAGAGGAACCCCAGGACUCAGAAGAAAGUGCUGAAAACAAGGUUGCAAAUGUUUUGGAGGAAAAGUUUGUUGACUGCACUGAUGGAAGCAGUGAUAAAACAGCAGGUGACAGGGCUGAAGAAGAAGAUGAGCUUGGGAACGUGGUUCAGGGUCAGCCAAGGGAAGCUGAGUCUGUGGGUUUGGAGGGGGCAGAGCCAAGUGAAAGGGAUGUCCCAGCAGAGUCACUUGAAAAGGAAGAUGGAGAACAUCAGGCAUUCAUCCAACCAGCUUCUUCAGAGGACAGUCCUUCAGCAUCCCCAGAGGAACCAAGUACACAAGGAAAAACUGAAGAUGGAAGUGCUACAGCUGAGAAGAAUGGACAGAAGGGAGGAUUGAUGGAAGAGCUGGAGAAGUGUUCUGCUGAAACAGCCGAGCAAGGUGUGGCACCUGUGGAGGCAGGAGGCUCCGAGGGAAAGGGAAGUGAGCUGCAGCAGGCACAGCCAGGAACAGAGGUUGUGAGAGAGGUGACCACUCAGGAAACCCAUUUAGACCUGAGUCUUCCAGAAGAUGAAAUUAAGGAGUCAGAACUUGAAGGGGAUGAGGCUGGGGAAGGACAGGAAAGUAGGACAGAAUGGGUGGAAGAUUUGAAUCCAAAGGUAGAGGUUCAAACAAGUCAGUGUAGUGAAGAAACAACAGGUGAUAGAGAAGGAGAGAAAAAUGUUCCUUUAGAGAGUGAAGUGCAGAAGGUGAUUAAACAAGUAGAAGGUGAAUCUAAAGAGGAGUCAGGUGUAGGCAUAGCUGAAACAGCUGAAAACAAAGCCAGUAAAGAAACACUGAAAAAAAAUCAGCAAGAGGUAGAGCUUGCAGACCACCCUGGUGGGGAAUCUGCUUCUGAGGAAGGUGCAAAUAAUGCCCUGGCACAGAAUCCUGUGCAGGAUGAAAACAUUAGUGAAGAAGUUAAAUUGGAGGAAGGUGUCAAUAACUCCCUGGCACAGAAACCUGUGCAGGAUGAAAACAUUAGAGAACAAGUUAAAUUGGAGGAAGGUGUAAAUAAUUCCCUGGCACAGAAACCUGUGCAGGAUGAAAACAUUAGUGAACAAGUGAAAUGGGAGGACCAAACAGAGGAAAGCCUGGAAGAUGAUGGUGAUGCAUUUGAUUUUGAUGAAGAGUCAAAUCAAAUACUGGAAUCUGAUGAAAAACGUGAUGGAGAGAAAGAUGAUACACCGGGAGAAGAGGGUGAUGGAGCAAAUGGUGCUGUUGGAAAAACUGCCCACACAGACAAAGCUGAAGAGGGAACAGACAAAAUGGAAACCAAAGAUGCCUUGACCAAAGGUGAAGUCCUGCAGCAUAAAAAAGAAGAGCCUGAGGAAACAGGGUGCUUGCAAGGGGAAGCGUUGGGGAAAACUGAUGAGGAGGCUGAUGUGGAGGAAGAUAAAAUCAAAUUAUCAGAUUCUAUUAAAGUGGGAAAAUUACUGGAUCAAGAUGUUUCAGAACAGGAUUUGGAAAGUGCUUUCAUUAAGAGGGCUGAAAGCAGGGAGGAUUUGCAGGCUGGUAAAAGGAGUAAGGGUAGAUCCAGAGAUGACUGUACAAUCUCCUGAGUUCAGAAUCUCAAACCUACACGAGUUCCAUGCCCUGUGACCAAUCCCAGGACACAAACAUGCACUUUGCACAAGACAUCAGACCUUGGAAUACUCUUAGAGCUUUGUAGGUAACUCAGCAUAAAGCAUGGAUGUGGUAAUGAUGCAAGUAUUAAGUUAUUCGCUGUCGUACCCAGCCACUCAGCCAAGAAAUGAGUGAGUUUGGUUUUGCUGUGUCUCAGGUUGAAAGCUUAUCACCCAAUAAGGAAGCUUCACAACUUGACUAUUCAAACUAUUAUGCAAUUAAAGUACCUCUAGUGUGGAUAGCUGCUCCUGGGGAAUUUCUGCAGGAUUUUUUUUUAUUUUAUUCUAGCCUAGUUGAUCAAUAUCUUGAAUGUACGUUGGGCCUUUGUGAACUUAUGCACAUUAUGCUUACUUGUACUUCAGUCUACAGCAAGUACAUUAACUCUUCAUGAAGGAACUCAGCAGAUCAGCCACACUGGUGGUGAAACUUCUUUCAGAAUGAUUAAAGCCUCUGAACCAAUCUCUUUUUUAAGAUGAAGAAAAAAUAUCUUUUCAUUCCACCUUGCGUGUAUUUCUUACACGGUCAUAUUCUAAAAUAUAAUUAGAUCACUGUGAAUCUGCUUAGUCUGAGCACUUUGGAAGAGCAGUACACAGUUUGGAGAAAGUGCAACAUACAGGUCUUAGUUUUCUGAAAGGAAUAAACACAUACAUGUUUACUUAUCUAGGCACUUUGCACCACAAUAGGCCUUUUACACCAUGUCUCACAUGGGGUUUUUAUUUUUUCCAGAGAAAGCGUCAAUACACACUGUAAUGUGUGCUUAGGUUUGCUAUCAAGUACUGUCUAGAUAUGAAUAUAUAAAAUAUAUAUUUUUCAAAAAAGAUUUUUGUUUAAAAUUAUAUUUGCUUACUGCAUUAAGUUUUUGGUUUUUUUUGCAAAUUCUGAUUCUGAAAGAAUGUUUUUAUCUCUGAAACACAUCUUCUCUCUUCCCUUCUGGAGAGAAGAUAACUUUGCAUGUCUUAACUCUUGGUGGAUAUCAAACCAAAGACAACUGUUGUUUUGUGUACUAGCCCCCCUGUGCCUUUUGGAAGAGCUGGAUUGCUUUGAAUUGCUGGCAUAAAUUAGGCUCUUGGACUCCCUUGCUGUAUUUCCCCUUGCAUCUCUGCUAGUGCUUGGGAGGAAGAGCAUGUUUUGCAUAUAUGAAUAUUCAUUGAAAGUGUUAAGCAAUGAAUGUCCCAGGGGAAUGCAGAUGGAUGGAAGGUGUGGGCUAUGGAAGGCUGUAUUUGUGUUGAUGUUACAAAGUUGUCAGAGCACGGACAGACUGCAAAAUUUAAAGAUGUAUAUCAAAAUGUACUGCUGUAUAUAAUUUAAAUAAACAUAUUUUAUACUUGAAAAUA